ACGCAAUCCAACAUGGCGGCACUCUGAACAGAGGUUUGUUUAAUUAAUUCGGCAACAUGAGUGCUUUAAACUAUGUAAACAGUUUUGAUGGCCUCGAUGAGCCAGUGAGACCUACACCUGAAAACGCCGACUAGACCAUGAAAAUCACAAAAAACAACAAAAAAAGAAGGUUCGUCACUCGGGUGGCGCAUUGAUACCAACAGUUUGAUGUCAACACAAAGCUGCUGCCAAAGGUUUCUGUCAGGCUGAGCGGCUGUUGCCGGACGAUCUAAUGAGAAACUUUGAAUAUUUUUAUGAAAAGCCAAAUAAGGUUGACCAGGACCAGGCAAUACUUCAUCUCCUGGACAUCACACAAGUGGCAAGAAAGCGUCCGAAAGUCCAGGACGUAAACAGACAAAAAGGCCGGAGCGGAUCUGUCAAGUACAGUCUUAACCAUCCGGAGAAGGUGCCAGUUUGCAAGGCGACCUUCAUCAAAGUGUUUGGCAUCAGCAAAGACUGUGUGUCCCGGGUGGCUCCAUAUUAUGCGGAGACUGCUGAGGCUCGCCCAGAGAGAAGGGGUGGUGCACGACACAGUGAGGAGCAUGCAAGGAGAAGGCAACUCAUUGUGGAGCACAUACAGUCUUUCACCUGCAGGACCAGUCAUUAUGGCCGGAGAGGUGCACCAGGCCGCAAGUAUCUCCCCAGUGACCUGAAUGUGCACAAGAUGCAUGAGCUCUUUGAGGCUCAGAGCCAUGCUCAAACCAGCUAUUCCCUCUAUUAUUCAGUGUUUUCCAAGGAAUUCAAUCUUGGCUUCGGCCACCCAGCUACAGAUGCAUGCGCUGAUUGUGCCAAGUACAAUUUCAGGAUUACAGACCCAAACCUUACUGACACAGAGAAGAGGAUGGAAUCGGCAUCAUUCAUCUAGCAUCGUCGCAGAGCGCGCGUUUUUUAUGUCAUGUUAGGCAGGGUUGCUGAAGGUCAUGUGACCUCUGUUUUGAUAUGAUGCAAAACCUGGUCCUUCCAAAAACCGCGAUAGGACAGGCCUAUUACUCACGGCAGAUGUAUCUGUAUCUGUUUGGGUGUGGUUGUGCACCAUGGUGAGAACAGUUACCAGGCAAAAGAUGAUGUCCAUCUCUAUGUGUGGCAGGAGAAUGAGGGUAGCAAAGACAGCAAUAUGAUUGCUUCUGCGCUGAAUGACUGUCUCAACUUCAGGACAAAGUCAGCAGAUCCAGGGGGCUUCGGCUGUUCAGCAACUCUUGUUUUGGGCAGAACAAGAACAUGAGCAUGGUGUCCAUGCUGAUGGAACUUCGGCAGCUUUUCCCCAACCUUGGCAUAGAGCACACCUUUCCAGUACGGGGCCACAGUUAUCUCUCUGCAGACCGAGUCUUUGGCAGAAUUGAACAGAAGAUCAGGAAAAUGGACACAAUUCUGCUAACACAGGAAUACCAUGCCAUACUGCAGCAAUUCGGCAACGUUUAUGUUUAUGGCUUAGACUGGGAGGCGUUUGAUUACAGGUCAGCUACAAAAGACUGUGUUAAGGCUCAGUGGAGCUUUAAAAUCAGUGAAGCACGAAUGCUUGACUGAGUACAAACAAGGUGGGUGUAAAGAUGACUUACAAUGGGGAGUAUUGUUUCCAUAGUGUGUUAAAGCGGAGCAAGCAGUGGGCUGACCUGAAACCUGAGGUACUUCCAAAGACCAGACAGCAAAAAAGAGUGAUGUGCUGGCACUAUUAGGAGCAAUAGGUGUGUCUGAUGCUGUGAGGGCUUUUUAUGAUGAUGCACUGUAUCAGGUGACUGACAAUGCAGGCCUGAGUGAUGAAGAUCCAUACUAGUGGAUCUCUCUCUCUCUCUCUCUCUCUCUCAAUCACUCCCACACACACACAAACAUGCUCUCUCUCACACACACACAAACACGCUCUCUCUCUCUCUCUCUCUCUCUCUCACAGACACACACAUGCUCUCUCUCACACACUCACGCUCUUGAAACUUUACUAGAAAAUUACUUUGAAUGUACAGCAUUACUAAAUGACUAUUGAAUAUUGUUAUCAUUACUUUUAAUGCUGAAGUGAUGAAGAUCUCUCUCUCUCUCGCUCUCUCUCUCAGUCACUCACUCACUUACUCACUCACACACACACACACACACACACACACACGCCACGUUCUUGACACUUUACUAGAAAAUUAAUUUGAAUGUAUUACUAAAUGACUUGCCUAUUGAAUAUUGUUAUCAUUAUUAUCAUUACUUUCAAUGCUGAAGUGAUGAAGAUCAUUCUCUCUCUCGCACUCUGUCCUCUCUCUCUCUCACACACACACACACACACAAACAUUACUCUCUCUCUCUCAAACACACACACACACACAAACAUUACUCUCUCUCUCUCACAUACACACACACAAAUGCUCUCUCUCUCACACACACACUCUUGACACUAGAAAAUUACUUUGAAUGUACAGUAUUACUAAAUGAAUUGCCUAUUGAAUAUUGUUAUCAUUACUAUCAUUACUUUCAAUGCUUAAGGUGAUGAAGAUCUCUCUCUCUCUCUCUCUCUCUCUCUCUCUCUCUGUCCUCUCACACACUCAAAGCACAUCUCAUCCACACACACACUAUGUGAUUUUUUAAAAUGUAAAACGGACAAUGGUUCAACUUGUUAUGAGUUCCGACACUUUAUUACUGACUGACUUACCUAAUGAACAUUGUUAACAUUAUUGAAUAUUUUUAAUAAUUGUUUUUUUUUUUCCAUGCAUAUUUAGUGGACAAAUUGGUCCUACUUGUUACAGGUUUGACACUUUACUAAAAAUGACUCUGAUGUAUUACUAAAUAACUUAUUGAAUAUUGUUGUUAUUACUAUCAUUACUUGUUUCAGGUUCGGCACUGAAUGACUAUUGGCCUAAAUGUGUUACUAAAUUAUUUGAAUGUAUUUUUAACAUUGUUGUAUUUAAGGACUGGUAUUUGUAUGUGUGUUAUUUCUAAAUUAUUUGUUAUGUGGUC